AUGUUUCAAUGCUUGCCAUUGAUAUGGCUAUCUCUACUUGCUGUGGUAUGUGCUGGAAGGACAUUGUACCAAAUCCCUGCUAAAGGAGCUAAAGGCGUCAAGCUUCAGCUUCAGACUUCACGUCCCUAUAACAUCGCACACAGAGGUUCCAAUGGAGAGAUUCCAGAAGAAACCGCAGCUGCAUACUUGAGAGCAAUUGAAGAGGGUACAGACUUUAUAGAAACAGAUAUCUUAUCAUCCAAAGAUGGUGCGCUUAUCUGUUUCCAUGAUGUUGUCCUUGACCUAACAACCGAUGUCGCUAGUCGCAAGGAGUUUGCGGAUCUUGAUUUUACUCUCAACGAACUAAAGAAACUACGGACAAAACAGAGAUACGCUUUUCGGGACCAGCAAUACAACGGAAAGUACCCUAUCAUUACGUUUGACGAAUUCAUCAACAUUGCUCGGGAUGCUCCAAGAGUUGUCGGGAUAUAUCCUGAGAUUAAAAAUCCAGUUUUAAUGAACCAGCAUGUCAAGUGGCCUGGUGGUAAGAGAUUUGAGGAUAAAAUUGUGGAGACACUUAAGAAGUAUGGGUACGGAGGCGCAUAUUUGUCCAAGAAGUGGUUGAAGAAACCGUUGUUUAUUCAGUCAUUUGCCCCAACUUCACUCGUGUACAUAUCAAACUUUACAGACUCACCGAAAGUUCUCCUAAUAGACGAUGUAACCAUGCCAACUCAAGAUACUAACCAGACAUACGCAGAGAUCACAUCAGAUACCUAUUUCAGCUACAUUAAGCAGUAUGUGGUUGGGAUUGGACCAUGGAAGGAUACAAUUGUUCCAGUAACCAACAACUAUAUGCAAGCUCCUACAGAUUUGGUCAAAAGAGCUCAUGCGCAUAAUCUACAGGUUCAUCCAUACACGUACAGGAAUGAAAACGGGUUCUUACACUUUAACUUCAGCCAAGACCCAUAUAAGGAAUACGAGUACUGGAUCAAUGAGAUUGGAGUUGAUGGACUCUUUACCGAUUUCACGGGCAGCCUCCAUAAGUAUCAAGAGUGGACAUCUCCAUUACCUGAUACCGCCAAGUCUCCACGACAGCUCUUGGCUCAAAUUGCUUCAUUGGUCCUCCCUUAUGCAAAGGCUUGA